AUGUCUACGAAACCGCCAGGAAAAAACUCUGCAAAAAAUGUCACGUGUGUCAAGGUGAAACCAGGUUAUUCCAACUCCAACAAAGAUAUUGAAAUUCGCUAUAUUGACACUAAGGUAAUUGGAUCAGGAAGUUUUGGAAUGGUUUACUCAGCGAAGUUGUAUGAUUCCAAUGAAAAUGUUGCCAUUAAAAAAGUCUACCAGGAUAAGAGAUUUAAGAAUAGAGAAUUACAAAUAAUGCGACGACUUGAACAUCCUAAUAUUGUACGGUUGAUGUACUAUUACUACUCUGCAGAUAACACUAAUGAGGAAUAUUUGUAUUUGGUACUGGAAUUUUUUCCAAAAACUCUUCAUCAAAUCAUAAAAAGCUAUGCACAAACUGGACAUGUUCUGGAUUUAUUCACUAUUAAGCUGUACAUGUUCCAACUAUUCCGUGGAUUAGCUUUCAUGGGUAGUUUAAAUAUUUGCCAUCGUGAUGUCAAACCGCACAAUCUACUUGUGAAUCCGGAACGGGGAACUCUUCGCAUUUGUGACUUUGGCUCUGCAAAGGUGAUAAAUAGCGAAGACACCAAUGUCUCGUACAUUUGUUCAAGGUACUAUCGCGCACCCGAACUUAUAUUUGGAGCAGUUUCGUACACUACAAAAAUAGAUGUAUGGUCCGCAGGAACAGUAAUGGCGGAGCUACUUCUCGGAAAACCACUUUUCCCUGGAGACUCAGCCGUUGAUCAAUUAGUUGAAAUCAUGAAGCACACCGCCAAAGCCCAUAACCUGAAAGGUCAACUGCCUGAAGGGAGCAAGGAAUCUUUAGCAACAACCAUUCGUUUCGUCACGCUGAACUACCGAACACUAUCGAGUGAACUCGAGCAAGCCGCUCUAUCCAGAAUUCUGCGAUAUCUCUGUGUGCCUCUUGCUGCACUGCAGGAAACACGCAUGAGAGAUCGGGCCGUCGUGAGCAUCGAAAAUUACACCAUAUACUGCCGCGAUGCUGAUGAGAACAAAGUAGGUGGCUGCGCGAUAGCUGUGAGGAACGAUUACUACAACCUGGUGAAUGAAUUUGGCUCAAUGUCGUCUAGAUGCGUCUUCGUACGACUGCGGGGUCGCAGAGGACGUGAACUCUGGAUCGUAAGUGCUCAAGCACCUACGGAAACCGCUGAGGACAACAGUAAGGACGCCUUCUGUGAUGAACUCAAUGUGUUGAUGCCUAAAAUACUAAGCCAGCACAUUGUCGGAAUCGACGCAAAUACGAAGAUGGGACUCGAACAUCAAUCCGAUGUGCUAAGAAAAUGGUAUUAUCCAGCGGAGCGCACGUCGGACAACGGUGACCGUCUGGACGACCUGUACGAAAAGACGGGCCUUAUCAUCGCUUCUACGUUUAAGAGGAAUCAUCGACGCCAUCAGCUCACGUGGCAGAGGUCAACCCUUUUAAAGCCUGAAGAGCGGAAGAUGAAGACUCUUAAGCUUCAGCUCGACUACGUUCUGGCGAGGAACAUCCCUCAGUUAGAUAUCCGAAAAUCUAGAGCUGUAUGGGACGUCGCGUUCGACUCUGACCACCGUCCAGUUCUUCUCAGCUUCAAGAUACGGUUCCACAAGAGAAAUCGAGGAGUUCCUCUUCAACCGAAAAUCGACAUGGCAGGUCUGAAAGACGAAGAGUGCAGAACGAAAUUCUGCCAGUGUGUGUCUCUUCAUGCUGAAGUACGGACCAGAAAGAAACUUAGCGAUGCGGAUCAUUUCACAAAGUGCAUCCAAGAAGCUGCAAGGGAAACGUUCCCGGUUCUAUUGCCGUGGAGAAGUUUGCCUUUGCAUCUGCUGAAACAAAAUCCACGUACAAUUCUAAGGAAGCUGCGUCGUCAACUGCAACAAGACCGUGAUAACGAGUGGACGUCAAGAGCGAUGGAAUUUGAGAAGGCGUGGGAGGACAGGAACCCGCGGAAAGCAUAUACUCUACUAAAACAGUAUAGCGGCAAAAUGAAAAGAUGUUCUCCUGUCCUCAACACUGCCAGUGAAGCUGUCGGUGAAGCAACCCUUCCAAUCUGGAGGGAACACUUCAAGACCUUGCUGAACCGACUAGCACCGUCAGCUUUUGAAGUCGAACACGUUCAUAGACCGAUGUAUGCGGUUAACGAGGAGCCACCGAUCGAGUCGGAGGUCCUGGUUCUUGGUUCUCCUUCUAAGGAGGAAAUUUUCGCAAUGAAUCAGAAUUACAAGGAGUUCAAAUUUCCUAACGUUAAACCUAUACCGUGGGAAAGACUGUUCAAGGGGAAGAGUCUCCACAAAGCUGUAAGCCUCUUAAAUACUGUACUUCGUUAUGAUCCUUCCGCACGUAGUUAUGCAAUCGAAGCAUUAGCACAUCCUUUUUUUGAUGAAUUGCGGGAUCCCGAUCUUGAGGAAAUGCCGAAUGGUAAACUAAUGCCCCGUCUAUUUGACUGGCUUGAAAGAGAAGUGAAUAUUCGUCCUGAUCUCAAUAGAAAGAUCUUUCCCCGACGUAAAUCCGAAUCGAGCAGUGAGGAUAUGAAGAUACAAAAGGACAACGAAGGAUCUUCAUGA